CUACGGUAGAUCAAAAACUCAUAUAGGAGGUGACAUAAAAAAGUGGGGCUAAGGUGUACUAAAAGUAAAUAAAUAAAAAGUACAAAAAACGAUGUGGAAGACGUUUCAGCAUGGGGAGAAUUUAUACAUGAUUAAAAUCGUGCAAGACGACAACCUGAGACUUGUCGUGACUGAUUUUCAAAAUAUCUGGGUUCAAGAUGUCUCCAGAGACGAACUUCUGCAACAAUUUCAAGAAGCUAACCCUCUGUUUGAUAUUAAAAUAGAAGAGGUUGGGUCUGAAGUUAUAGAGGCUAUAAACAGCAUUUCUGAUUGCACUAAUGUUGAAAUGGUGGAGAGUGAUGAGGGGCUAAAGCUGAUCCUAAACACCAUAAAGUCUGAAUAUAAAAUACGGUUCAAGUUUAACUUACUUAAGUCACCAUCAGAAACUUUUUUAAAAGAAAUUACAGUGCCCUUAAUUCAGACAGUGAAACACUUGGAAGAACGUCAGAGCAUGUUAAUUAAUUUACUUCAUAAAAAAGAUAGAGAACUGGAAGAAUAUAAACUUGAGAAAGGUUUAAUUUCCAGAGACGACUUAAUUACUGAAAAAUUCGAUGUAGAAAAGCUGAGUUCUAUCGAUGAUAAAUUAAUGAUGAACGUUUUUGGACAAAAUGAGACGUUUUGGAACUGUUUUGUGGGUCAACAUGGCAACAUAGAAGCCAACAUUGAAGAUGUGAAGCAGGAUCCUUGGAAUCAUAUAAAACGUAAAAGAAAAGUUUAUUCCUCAAAAACCGUCACCAAAAAGGGUAAAGGCAUUAACUACGACAAUUAAUUUAUUAACAACUGUAUAUGCUGUACUUUUUACUGAAAUAUUAAACCAUGUUUGGCAAACUUGUUAGCGUAGUGGGCGCAGCUGUAGUACCUCCAAUUUGUGACAUCUAACAAUAUAUUUUUUUAAGAAUU